UCCGACUACUUAGGGAAGAAUUACAGCUUUUGCAAGAACCUGGUUCGUAUGUUGGCGAGGUAGUCAAGCUCAUGGGCAAGAAAAAAGUUUUGGUCAAGGUGCAUCCUGAAGGAAAAUACGUAGUUGAUAUUGCGCCGGACAUUGAUAUUAAUCAGAUCACACCAACUUGUCGUGUGGCUCUUCGAAACGACUCUUAUACAUUACACAAAAUCCUUCCUAAUAAAGUUGACCCACUCGUUUCUUUAAUGAUGGUGGAAAAAGUGCCGGAUUCGACAUAUGAGAUGGUCGGUGGGUUAGACAAACAAAUUAAAGAAAUCAAAGAAGUGAUAGAAUUACCAGUAAAACAUCCUGAAUUGUUCGAGAGUUUGGGUAUCGCACAACCAAAGGGUGUUUUACUUUAUGGACCUCCCGGUACCGGUAAAACUCUAUUAGCACGUGCAGUAGCACAUCAUACGGAUUGUAAAUUUAUUCGUGUUUCUGGUUCCGAGUUGGUGCAAAAAUACAUUGGAGAAGGCAGUAGAAUGGUUAGGGAAUUGUUUGUCAUGGCCAGGGAACACGCACCAUCAAUUAUCUUUAUGGACGAAAUUGAUUCUAUUGGUUCUUCACGUAUCGAAUCCGGUUCCGGGGGUGGUGAUUCUGAAGUUCAAAGAACAAUGUUAGAGUUACUCAACCAAUUAGAUGGAUUCGAGCCUACAAAAAAUAUAAAGGUUAUUAUGGCAACGAAUCGAAUCGAUAUACUUGAUCCUGCGCUGCUGCGACCUGGUCGAAUUGACAGGAAAAUCGAAUUUCCGCCACCAUCUGAGGCCGCCCGUGCCGAUAUUUUGAAGAUUCACUCGCGUAAGAUGAAUCUGACUCGGGGUAUUAAUUUACGGAAGAUUGCAGAAAAGAUGACUGGAUCCAGUGGUGCUGAAGUUAAGGCCGUCUGCACGGAAGCAGGAAUGUAUGCGCUUCGGGAGCGGCGUGUGCAUGUUACACAAGAGGACUUUGAAAUGGCAGUAGCAAAAGUUAUGAAGAAAGGAGAAGAGCAAAAUGAAAGUCUACGCAAGCUAUGGAAAUAA